AUGAUGAGCCUUUCCAUUUCGCCCGUUAACUGUAACCACAGACUGGAUGUAUUUGACGGUCCUUCCACCAAGAGUUCGACCAAGAUGACCAAGACACCUCUUUGCGGCAUCACGGCGCCCGUGCAAGACUACAUCAGCAAAAACAGGGAAAUCACGUUGCGAUUUAUCGGCGGGAAAGGCAACAGGAAAGGGCGCGAUUUUACAGUAACAGUCACACCUUUGACCAAAAAAAGAUGCGGAAGAAGGCGAAACAGUUUCCAGUGCAAGAAUGGCUACUGCAUCAACAGAUACCACCGAUGCGAUGGAUACAAUAACUGUGGGGACUCUUCCGACGAAUAUAACUGUUAUGUGCUCGGGAAGGCCAAGGGACUUACUUCGCAACAAAUUCUCAUUAUCAUUUUCUCGACGCUUGGCGGAUCUGUUGUAAUUGCGCUUGUCGUGUGGUUCUUCGUGGGGCGCAACUCCCGACCAUCGGAUUACCACUAUGUGAAAUGA